AUGGGAUCUGAUCGAUUGGAUAAUAUUGCUCCUACAGUUUACGAACGAGCUGCAAAUGAACGCUCUGACAAAGAUAAAGAAAUGGAUGAGUCUCACGAGGAUUUACUCGACUCCUUGGAGGUUUUCGAUUUGAUUCGUGACAUAAAUGAUCCAGAACAUCCUUACACUCUGGAACAACUAAAUGUUGUUCAGAAGGAACUGAUUAAUGUGAAACAUGAGCCAAGAUUUACAUUAGUUGAUGUGAAGUUCACACCAACUAUUCCACAUUGUUCCAUGGCUACCCUCAUAGGAUUAGCCAUUCGUGUUCUACUAUCUCGCACUUUACAUUCCUCUGUGAAGAUUAUUGUCUCUAUCACACCUGGUUCUCAUAAUACGGAAGAAGCUAUAAAUAGACAGUUGAGAGAUAAAGAAAGAGUAGCGGCUGCAAUGGAGAACCCUGAACUAAUGAAAGCAGUUAACAAGUGUUUAGAACCUCCAGAGACUUGGCACGUCUUUGUAAGAGGAUUCUCAUCGAAUCGACGGCAUGUUGAGAGGUGCAUUCUUGAUUGUACUCUUCAUAGAUUGUCUAGAUAUUUGCAGAAACAAAUGAAAGAUCCAUACACGUCGAAAGCUCGGGAACAUUCGUAUCGUGCGCGGAGUGCUUUCAAAUUGAUUGAGUUGGAUGAUCGAUUCAAGUUCCUCAAACCAGGAGCCUGUGUUCUUGACGUCGGAUGUGCUCCCGGAAGUUGGUCGCAAGUAGCUGUAGAAAGAUGUCAAAGCAAUGCUCCUAAUUCGAGUUCUUAUGUUCUAGGCCUCGAUAUACAAGUUGUCUUACCUAUCUCGGGAGCAGAUAUUAUGGUUUUAAGUGAUGUGACACACCCAGGAGUACAGAAAGAAAUCAAAAAUCGUUUGAAGGAUCGAACUGUGUCUGUCGUACUCAGUGACAUGGCUCCGAACCCAACAGGGGAUUCAUUGACUGAUCACAUGCGCUUAAUAAAGCUAUGCGAAAUGGUUUUUUCCUUAUUUCAUUCCAUUGAUGAUCCCGUCUUCACGCUUGCCAAGGAUGGAGUUUACGUUUGCAAGGUCUGGGACGGACCUUACAGAAAACAAUUUGUAGAUAAGCUGUCGGAGAGAUUCAAAACAGUGAAGACGGUGAAACCUACCGCUUGUAGAGAUAGUAGUGCAGAGCUUUACCUAUUCUGUAAAUAA